UUCUGGAACGGAUUGGAACCCGGAGUCAGGAUUCAACAAAUGUGUGUUCGUUCGAAACCCAGACUGUCAAAAUGACUGAGGAGACACCAGAUGAGUAUAUCUGGUGUGAUGACUGUGGACAGUACCAUGGCUCAGAAUGUCCAGAGCUAGGCCCUGUGGUGACCGUCAGGGACUCUUUUGUCCUGAGUCGAGCUCGGUCAUCUUUGCCAGACAGUCUAGAGAUCCAACAGGUCGGUGAGGGAGAAGAGGGGGUGUUUGCGCUGCGGCGCUUGGUGAAAAGGACACGCUUUGGCCCCUUUGAGGCUAAACGAGUGACCCAAUUGGACAAAGAAGGACCGUUCCCUUUGAAGAUUUUCCAGAAGGAUGGGACUGUGGUUUGCUUUGAUACUGCGAAUGAAGAGGACUGUAACUGGAUGAUGCUUGUGCGGCCCGCCACAGACCACAAACACCAGAAUCUGACAGCCUAUCAACAGGACGAUGAGGUCUAUUUCAACACUUCCCAGGAUGUUCAGCCAGGGUCAGAGCUGAGGGUGUGGUAUGGGGCGUUCUAUGCCAGAAAGAUGGAAAGGCCAGUACUGAAACCACCAGUGGCUCAGCCUCCACCAGAGGUAGAAGUGUCCUCCACCAGUCAGGCGGUGACAGAGGGCAGUGUGGAGAAGAGCCAGACAUCAGCGCACUCACUGGCUGGAGAGAGUGACUCGGGUGUCCAGGGACUGGAAUGCAACCAAUGGGUGUGUAAAGUGUGCCCAGCUGUGUUUGUGGAGCCACAGCUCCUGACAGAUCACCUGUUGAGCCACCUGCAGGAAGUAAAGACCGUAGCUUCUCCUGCAGCUGACCAACCUGUCUGCCAGGAAGUGGAGUCUGUUCCCGCUGACAAUGCUCUCGGAGCUGAGGUACCUGCAGCACCACCAGAACCCAAGAAAAAACAAGUCAGAGCACGAAAGCAGAAAGGUCACAAAACAACGGCCACACCACCAGUGGCAGCUCAAGGUGACACAAGCAAAGAUGCCCCACCCACAGUGCCUAUGGAGCAGGUCCUCAGUACUGUACCUCCGGACGUGGGUCUGGCCCUGCUGAACACAUCUGACAUCAUGAUUGGCCCAGAUGGGGUGCCAGUGAAGCUGCAGAGAAUGGCCCGCACCCUGAUGCCCUCUGGGAAGUCUGGGAUCAGGAAGAGGUUCCUGAGGCAGGGAGACCACAAGCGGGUGUAUCAGUGCAGCCUCUGCAACAAGGUCUUUCAGAACAGCAGUAAUCUCAACCGCCACAUCCGUUCCCAUGGUGAUAAGCUUUUCAAAUGCGAUGAAUGUGACAAGAUGUUCAGCCGCAAGGAGAGUCUGAAGCAGCACAUCUCGUAUAAACACAGUAAAAAUGAGCCUGACAUGGAGUACAGGUACAAGUGCAGCACUUGCGAGAAGGCAUUCCGUGUUGAGAAUGCCUUGAAAUUCCACAACUGCAGAACAGAUGACAAAACCUUCCAGUGCGAGAUCUGCUCUCGCUUCUUCUCCACCAAUAGCAACCUGUCCAAGCACAAGAAGAAGCACGGAGAGAAGCUCUAUGCCUGUGAGAUCUGCAACAAGAUGUUCUACCGCAAGGACGUCAUGCAGGACCAUCAGAGGCGGCACAUUGUGGGUCCAAAGCACAUGAAGAGAGAAGAGCUGGAAGCCAAUGGGGAAGAGGGAACCAAGUACAGGAAAGAGCCGUCGGCAUGCCCCAUCUGUGGAAAGGUCUUCUCCUGCCGGAGCAACAUGAACAAGCACCUGCUGACCCAUGGUGAUAAAAAGUACACCUGUGAAAUAUGUGGUCGCAAGUUCUUCCGUGUGGAUGUCCUCAGGGAUCACAUUCACGUACACUUCAAGGACAUUGCCCUAAUGGAUGAGCAGGAAAGGGAGGACUUCAUCAAGAAGAUUGGCAUCUCUGUAGACGAGAGCGAUGGCAACACAGAUGAGGAGGAGGCUGAGGACGACCCCGAGAAUCAUAAGUACAGCUGCAAGAAAUGCCAGGUGACCUUUGCCAAAGGGCGGGACUACCUGAAGCACAUAAUGGAGUUGCACAAGGAGAGGGGCUAUGGCUGCAUCAUCUGCAACCGCCGCUUUGCGCUAAAGGCCACCUACAACGCACACCUGGUCAUCCACCGUGAGCAGCUGCCAGACCCUGCGGUGCAGCGGUACAUCCAUCCCUGUGAAAUGUGCGGCCGCAUUUUUAAUAGCAUCGGUAACCUGGAGAGACACAAGAUUAUCCACACAGGUGUGAAGAGUCACAGCUGUGAUCAGUGUGGGAAAUCCUUUGCCAGGAAGGACAUGCUGAAGGAACACCUACGAGUCCACGACAAUAUCCGUGACUUCCUGUGUGCUGAAUGUGGAAAAGGAAUGAAGACCAAGCAUGCCUUGAGGCACCACAUGAAGCUACACAAAGGCAUCAAGGAGUAUGAGUGCAAGGAGUGCAACCGCAAGUUUGCCCAGAAAGUCAACAUGCUUAAGCACUACAAACGGCACACGGGUAUAAAGGACUUCAUGUGUGAGCUCUGCGGCAAGACUUUUAGUGAGAGGAAUACCAUGGAGACGCACAAGUUAAUCCACACAGUGGGGAAGACAUGGUCAUGCGAUGUGUGCGAUAAGAAGUACGUGACAGAGUACAUGUUGCAGAAGCACGUCCAGCUGACGCACGAGAAGGUGGAGGCUCAGAGCUGCCAUCUGUGCGGGACCAAGGUGUCCACCCGCGCCUCCAUGAACCGUCACAUGCGGCGCAAGCACCCCGAGGUUGUAACGGUCAGAAUCGAUGACUUUGAAGAGCUACAGGAAGCCACAACCAUUGAUGCCUCUACUAUCAGCAUUGAGCAGCCCUCACUAUCUCUGGACAAGGAGACAUUGUCAGGUGAGAAACCCUCCAGGGUGCCCAGGCCACCCAAGAAGAAAGUGAAGCAGGUGGAGGAGGCGGAGCUCUCAGAGUCUGAUGACUACACCACCUUUGCCAGCAAAGGGGCUGACUUCACUGGGACUGUAGGAGAUGAGACGAGUUCAGCAGUACAGAGCAUUCAGCAGGUGGUGGUACUGGCAGACCCCAGUGUAACAACAUCGUCUUCGUCCUCGCCCUCCAGCUCGGUGGGACUGACCAACAUCACGGUAACACCUAUCACUGCACCUGCAGCAGCCCAGUUCACCAGCCUGCAGCCCGUGGCCGUUGGCCAGCUGACCCCCAGCGACCGGCCCCUGACACUGGACAGCUCCAUCCUCACGGUCACUUUCGAUGCUGUCAGUGGAGCUGCCAUGCUCCACAACCGCCCAGCCGAGUUGCCACCAGAGGCAGGAUCUGCACCCCAGUCCGUGGCACACUUCAUCAAUCUCACCACCUUCGUCAACCCCAUCACCCACCCACUGGAGCAGCCAGCACUGGCCUGGAGGCCGGUCACGCCCUCGGAGGGGAGCCCUGCUGCCCCCGUGGCUGACGCCACACAGACGGAGCCCACAGACACGCAACCACAGCCCCCGACAUCACAGCAAGCACACCAACAGCUGGAGCAGGCCCCGUCCCAGCCUGUCCAGGGCCAAGCCACAGCCCCACCCCCGCAGCAGCCCACCACACAACAGAUGUACAGCUACUAGAGUUCAACUGCAUGGGGUGCCCAAGUGCAUUAUGGUCAACUGCGAAAGUGGAUUGAUAAAACUGGAAACUACUGUCUACUGUCUUGAAAGCUAUUGUCAGAUUAGUGCUUACAAAUUGCCAACAAGCUCUCGUUCCUAAAUCCAACAUACCCCUGAAGCACAUACACUGUUGUCAGUCAGAACGAAGGCGAGGGUGAAUACACAGCAGGGCUGGAUUCAUGAGAAACCAGAGCUACCCUCUAAGAGGGAUUCGCUGAUGUUUUGUGAAGUUCUCAAGAAAAAAAAGGUUUAUGUUUCAGUCACAUACAUAGGCUUAACAUAGCUGCAAUUGACAUGUGUGGCCAUUUUGUAGUAAAAAAAGAAGGGAUACCUGGGCUCAUUGUGUUUACAGUAAAACCUACAACGUUCAUUUCUAGGCAGUUAAAAACAUAUUAUAUACUGCCAUAGGAUUUGAGGUCUAGGGCAGAUGAAUACAGAAGACAUUUAAUAAUCCAAUGCCUUAUACAUGAUUUGUGAAUCAAAGCAUGCAUGCACUGCAAGUAUGAUAAACUUCGGAUUGAUUUUUGAAAUGCCAGUGAAUUACAUUUGAUUGAGAAUGACCAUCAUUAAAGCUUUACCUGAAUGAAUUAUCCUGACCUACAUUUGAUAGUAGAAUUUAUUGCUGUCAGUGCAACUGCAGGAUCUAUAUCAAAAGCAAUGUACUUGUGAAAGAUUGACAGAUUGAUUUUGAACUGUAUAAAUGUUAGCACCAAAUGGCCAAGAUCUUUAAAAAUGCAUCUAACUUGAAAAUGUUCAGUUACGUUUUGUGAUGCACAUCAUCUGAACUUAAAAAGUAGA